AUGUUUGAAAAAAUUCUUUCCCGAAUUUUAUUGACAUAUUUUGGUAGAUUCAUUACAGGAUUCGAUCAAACUAAUUUAUAACUAGCGAUUUGGAGUGGUAACAUUGUUAUAGAAAAUGUUGCUUUGAAAUAAGAGAUAUUUGCAGAUUUAGAAUUACCAUUAGAAUUGAAAUUUAGUUCGAUAGGAAGAUUAAUUUUAAAAAUACCUUGGAAUAAAUUAUCAUCUUCUCCUGUUGAAGUUGUAUUAGAAAAUAUUUUAAUUGUCUUCAACCCUUUACCUAAAUAAAGAUGGAAUAUUGAUGAUUCUAUAUAAAUUAAAAGAAAGUUUACAAAAUUAUUAGACAAAGUUAGAUAGAGUAUUACUCUAAAAAAGAAGGAUUAGGGUGAAAAUUCUAGUUAUUUUGAGAAAUUAACUCUUAAGGUGAUUGACAAUUUGUAAGUUUCUUUAAAAAAUAUUCAUUUUCGUUUUGAAGAUCAUAAUUAUUCAUGGGGUAUUAAAAUGAAUUCUCUAACAGCUUUAACAACUAAUGAACAAUUUAUUGUAGCUUUUGUUGAUAGAGGUGAUAAAGAUACGAAAUUUGUACCAAGAAAUAAAUUGAUAGAGUUGUAAUAAUUACAAUUUUAUUGGAAUACAAAGGAAAAUAUUUUUAUAUCAGAAUAUGUUCCAUAAGAAUAACUUUAAAUUUUUGAUUAAGUUAUUUAAAUUAGUGCUUAAUUCAAAUUAAUAAUUAAUCAUAAAGAGCGAUUUGAAAAAGUUCACUAUUUAUUAGAUAUGUAAUUAGAAGAAAUUAAUUUAAAUCUAAGACAUUCUCAAUUGAUAUAAAUAAUAUCAUUUUUAGAAUUAAUCUCUAAUUAUAAAAGUAGAGUAUGGUCUUAAAAAUAAGAAUUAAUGUAGUAAGAUGUUAAUAUUUAUUAAUAAGAAUAUUAAGAUAUUUUCAUUUUAUUUUUAAAAAACGAUUUUAAAGAUAUUGAAUAAUUAGGAGAUGAAGAUCAAAUUGUUUAUUUUAAAAAUUUAAUUAGAUAAGUUCCUUUUAAAUAAUUAGAAUCUUGGAGUUAAAUAGCAUAAAAAAAAUAUUAUUUAGAUUUGAAAGUUUAAGAAUAUCAAAAAUAGAAAUCGAAAAAAGGUUGGUUCAAUAUUUUAGGAGGACAAACAUAAGUAGAAGUAACUGAUUCUGAAUUAAAAUAAUUAGAAGAGUUUAUAUCUAAUGAAGAGACAAGUAUAGUGUGUAGACCUUCUGAAUCAUAAAAAAUUAAACUUAUAGCAAAAUUAAAGAAGGCCCAUAUAUAAUUAGUUAAAGAUAAUAACACAUUAUAAGAUGAAGGAAUAAUCAAAUAAUUAGAGUAAAUAGAAUUAGAAUGGAUUUAAUAUGAAAAUAAAGAUUUUUCAUUUUCUACAAUAAUUAAAGAGUUUAGUUUGUAAUUAGUAAAAAAUAAAUAAAUUGAAAAAAUAUGUUAACCUGCAUAAGAAACAAAUGAAUUUAUUAAAAUAUCGUUAUCAAAAACAACUACUGUAAAGGUUUGUAGAUUGGAUUUUCGUUUUUUAAUGUAAAGUUUAACAAUAAAUUAUAAUCCUUGCAUAAUUAGAAUAAUAAGGGAAAUAACAGAAGUUAAAAAAGGAGAUUAUGUUGAAUAAACAUUGAAAACAGCAACAUGGAAUUAAAUAGAGAAGAUAUAAGAUUCUACUGAAUCUUAAUUGUAAAAUAUAUUAUAAUCAAAUAUUCAAUUGAAAAUUGAUGCUAAGAUUUUAGAACCAAUAUUAGAAUUAUCGAUAAAUAAUAAUGAAUUUUGGCUUGUACGAAUGGAUAGUUUUCAUAUUCGUACAAAAGUUACAAAUCAAUAAGAUUUAUAUGAGAAUUUUGAAGUUUCUUUGAGCAAUUUCAAAUUUUUAUAUUAUCCAGAAAGAUUUGGGAAUUAGACAUUAUAAAUCCUAAAUGAUUAUAAUUUAGGUGUUUAAAUUUAAAGGUUAAAGAGUAUCUAUCAUGAAUUAAUAACAACAGAAAAUAAACCAUUAAUUAUUAUUAAAGGUAAAUUGAAUUCCAUAAAUGUUACAAUAAAUGAAAAAGUUUAUAAGCAUUUAGUUUAUUUACCUGAAACAAUUUAUCCGACUUAGUCUGAAGAUUAGAUAUUAUAAUAAUUGUAAUUAGAUAAGUAGCUUAUAAUAAAAUACAAAGUUAAAGAUGGGUAUUUGAAAAGAUAAGGAUAAUUAAUUAAGACAUGGACUUCUUAAUAUGUAAUAUUAAGUAACUUUGAUUUAUAUUUUUAUGAUUAAGAGAAGAUGUUAAUGGCAAAUUCAAAAUUAAGUUUGUUUAAUUCAACUUUGGAAUAACUUUAAGUUGAUGAUUAGUCACAUUCUUUUAAAAUAAUUAAUAAGUAAGGAGUAUACAUAUUUGCUUGUGAAAAUUAAAUUGAUUUAAGUGAUUGGAUUAAUAAAAUUAAAUUAUAAAUUCAGUAAUAUUAAUCUUAUGAAGAGAUAAAAGAAAAACAAGAAGAAUAAAUAAAAGUUAAAUAAAAGGAUUAGAUGUAGAUUAAUAUAUCAAUAAAAUAAAUAUAGGUGAAAUUAUAUAAAGAUAAUAAUUAUCCAAGUGUAUAUUAAGAAUAACUUUUAUUUUUGUUAAAGAUAAAUAACUUAAAUUUUGAAACAAUUAAAUAAGAACAAAUUUAAUAAAUAUUAUAGAUAGAUAAUUUAUCAGUUUAAGAUUGGAUAUUUGAUUUUUAGAAUCCUCAGAAUUAAGAUUUGAUAAUUUUGAGUAAUAAAGUUGAAAGGCAACCUUCUUUGAGAAUAGAAUUAACUCCAAAGAAAUAAAGAAUAAAUGUAGAUUAAUUAUAAAUAAAUUGGAAACCAGAUACAUUUUUAAAGUUGAAAUAAUUAUUAGAGAUAAUAGUAGAUAGGAAGUCAAGGAAAUGGUAUUUUGCAGGUGUUAGAGACUUUGAAGCAGAAUAAUUGAAAAAAGGAAGGAAUUGUGAUUAUGAAGAAGUAAAAAAAGAUAAAUUGAUUGAUGGAUUAAAAAGAGUAUUUAAUAAGUGUUAAAGGUAUGGUUAAUCAAAAUUGAAAGUGAAAGAGAAAUUUAAUACAUUAAUUGAUCAUUAGAAUUUUUUAAAUGAUUAUGAAUGGGUUGAGAAUGAAAUAUUAUCAUAAUAUUAAAUAAAGAGUAGCAAAAAUACUUUGAUGGAAUUAGUGACAUCAAUUAAUUUUAUAUCAGUAAAUUUCUUUCAUAGAACUAGUCAUAGUUUACUUUUUAAGUGUGAUUUAGAUGAGGUGAAAUUUACAUUUACAAAAUUAUAAUUUAGUUUUUAUUUAGAUACUUAUUUGUAAGAUAUAAGUUUAUAUGACAUGACUAAUUAUCCAUUUACAAUAGAUAGCAAUCUUGAAUAUAAUUUAAUAAAGCCAUAGAAAUUAGUAGGAAAGAGAGAUGUAUAUGAUGAAUGGGCAGUAAGAUUUAGAUUUAGUGGAUAUGAUGAAAUAAUAAUAGCUAAUUAAGAAAAAAUAAAUGCAUUUUUAUUGAUUGAAAUAAAUCCUGUAUUUGCUAUAUAUUAACAUUAACCUUUAAUGAGAUAGAUUGAUUAUAUAAUAAAUUAAAUAGUUACGUUAAUAAGAGAACCUGAAGCUUUAACUAUGAAUACUGAAUUUAUUGAAUAAAAGAGAAGGAACAAGAAUCGAUUGAAAGCAAAAAGAGUUUGGGGAGAUAUAGACUUAAUUUAAUCAAAAUUUAUAUGUCCAACAUUUCUUGAUUUGAGAAUUGUAAUAAAUAAACCAUUAGCAAUUAUCAAAGGAUGGCCUCAUUUUACUGAAUAUUUUCAAUUAGAUGGUGAAGUAGUAGAAGUCUAUAAUAAAUAAUUUAUAGAUAUGAGUAGAUUAUUAUAAGAAGGAGGUAUUUCAUUAAUAUAAUCAAAUGAAUAAUGGAUGCCUGAUGGUAGAAUUAGAAAAGCAUGGAGUGAAGCUUUUUGUAUUGAAGGACACAAUAUGCAACUUUAAUAUUUUGAAAAGGGUAUUCAUUAAAUAAGUACUUUGUUUGAAUUUAAUUUAUCAUUUGAAAGAGCUUUACAUUAUUUUGAAAUUAAUGAAUUAUAUGAUAAUGUUAAAAUGGAUAGAAGUAUUAGAAUUCGAUCCUGUAUGUCUCCUACAAUAUUGAAAAUAUAUAGAAAAGAAUAUUUAGAAAUAUGUAAAAUGAUAUUUCAUAAUUUUACAAAUGAUGAUUUGAAAGAUAAAUUAUAUAUACAUGAUUUUGAAGUUGUUCGUUCAUUUGAACCUGCUCCAAUAUCAUUUUGGUUAGAUUUUAUGGAUAUUUCAAUAUUUGCAUUAAGCAGGAAAUCAUAAUAACCAUUAGUAUAAAUUAAUAUGAAAUAGAUGAGAUUAGAAUGGUUAAAAGGAACACAUAUAGAUUUAAAUUUAUUUAGUUAAUUAAUUACUAUGUUUCAUUAUGAUGAAUUUAAUAAUGAAUUAGUAUUUGUUGGAGAAUUAAAUUUAAAUCCAAAUUAGGAUAAACUCUUUUAAGUUAAUUAAUUAAUAGAUGGUCAUUAACCAACUAAAUAGAGAGAAGAAUUUAAAAGGUAUAUUUUCGACGAAGAUUUUAUUAAGGAAUAAUCUUAAUUUUAAAUGUUAUUCCAUAUCCAAAAACCUAGUUCAGAUAAAGAAUGUAAUAUAGUUUUAAAAAAUGUAAAAAUGAUAGUAGAACCAACAGUAUUUGUUAAUGUAGGUUUAUGGAGCAGGUUAGAAUAACAAUGUUGGCCUAUUUAAACAGAAUUUGGUGAAAUGCCAAGUAUUAAAUUAAUAGUAGAGAUUUUAAAUUCUAGUUUAUGUUUACAAGGAUUGGAUAAUAAUUAUAUUCUUGGAACUAAAGGAGAUAUUUCAUAUGUUUGGAAUAGAAGUAGAUUUUUACAUCCAGAAUAAAUAAUUCUAAAUUUAAAAAAUAAAUAAUUAGAUAAACGAUUAAUAGAUAUUAUUGGAGAUGCAUUUGAACAUAAAGUUAAUCUUAAAAAUGUAGAACUAUUUAAAUGUAAAUUUGUUGAUUAUAUUAACUAUGAUUUGAAAUAAGUGAGAAAGAGACAUAUCAUUUUACCAUUCUCAUUAUUUUUCUGUAUUAAAAAUUAAUUAUAAGUUGAAUUUAGUAAAUAAUUCAUCUAUUUUCAUAAUAAGUAUUCCUUUCACAUUGAUAAAACUAUAUGUAAAUUUUCUUAUUAGGAUUUACUAUUAAUAAUGAGUAUUUCUGAUAAGUUGAAAUCUAGUAAAUAAGAAGUUAUUAGAGAACCUAUAUAUGAAUUAGAAGAGAUUGUGAAUUAAGAAUAGCCAAUCAAUAAUUUAUUUGAUGCAAUUAUUAGUGGAUUAUAAAUAGUAGUAAUAAAUGAUGCUGGAGAAGCUUAUGUGCCAAUCUUUGAUUUAACAUUAUCUGAAACUCAAUUACAAUUUUAAAUGGCCAAUUCUAAAUCUAUUUUCUCUACUGUCAUUAAAUUAAGUAGUUCAUUUUACAAUCCUAAAAUUGCUGUUUGGGAACCAAUCUUAGAAAGUUGUAAUUUUUCAGUUGACGUUUCUUUAAAUCCUAAGGGAGAUCCUCAAAGUAUUAUCUUUUUAGAGAUGACUUAAGAAUAACAAAUUCUUAAUAUAAACUUAUCUGCUUAGAUGAUUUGUGUGUUUCAUAAAACAUUUCUUUCAUGGAAAUAGGAGAUUGAAUAAAAUAAAAAAUAGAUUGAAUAAUCUUAUUUGGAAUAACCUGAUAAAUAAUUAGAAAAAUCUAUUAGUGGUUAGAAUGAUAAAUCAUAAUACAAUGUUAUAUAACAAAAAUAAAUAUUGCAUUAAAAAAUAUUUGAAGAUGAAAGAGUCGAUAAUGUUGAUUAUGUUUCUCCUUAUACUAUUAGAAAUGAAACAGGAUUUAUACUUGAAAUUAGUGAUACAACAAAUAUCAAUAGAAAAUAUAUUUUAUAAUCUAAUUCAUCAAUCAACUAUGAAAUUGAUGCUGAUUUUGAUUAAAUGUUUGCAAGAGAAAGAGAUGAAUUACAAUAAUCAGAAUAGAGAUUAGUUUCUAUUAAAGUUAUUCAUCAUAAAUAUGAAUUUGAACCUUUGAAAUCUAUAGAUUUAGAUUGUAUUAAAGUUACUAGAUAUCCGAUCUAACCUUUUAAUAAAAGUACUAAUUUGACUUUUAUGUUAUUUAUUGAAGUUGUACCAAAAGAUACAAGAAAAUUACUUUUGAUUUCUUCAGAAACCAUUAUCUUUAAUUAAACCAAUAUGAUUGUAGAUCUUUAAUUAUUUGAUUUAAAAGGUGUAUAAGAAGCAAAUAUUUACGAAGCUUAAAUUGAACCUUAUAGAGCUUUCAGUGUACCUAUUGAUAGAACGAGAUAACAUUUUAAUUUUAAAUUUUAAGGCCAUGAAAAAUAUAGUAAUUCUAUCAAUUUAAGAUAUCUAUCUGAUAAUAUUGAAAAGAAAUAUGAACAAUAACAUAAUGAUUAUUAUACGAUAGUUAAAUGUUCAAAGAGAAAUAUUAAUUAAACACUUGUGUAUUUGGAAUCCCCAUUCUAAAUUAAAAAUUGUUUACCUCUUAAUAUUUCUUAUGAAUUAUAUGGCGAUUCAGAACAAUAUUUAUUAACUGAUUCUAUAAUUAUUUAAUAACAAUAAGUAGAUAAUGAAUAAUCAAAUCUCACAAUUCCGAAACAAUUAGAUAAAUAUCAAUAUGAACAUUUACAAUAAAAAGAGAAGGGCUAAAUGAUGAAAUAAGAAUAAAAAUUAAUCCAUAAAAUAUCAUCCAAAGGUAGAUUAGCAAUUGCUGUAAAAUUACCAUUUUUUUAGAAUUCAGGAAUUCAUAUGUUAUAUCAUGCUAAAUUUGGUCUUUUUUAAGUUGAAAAUAUUUAAUUAUGUGAUUAUUCAGGAAACACUUCUGGAUAUGUAUUAAUUGAUCAAAUUAAAAAUGUAUUUUAUAUCUACUGUAAAUAAAUGAUUGUUAAUGAAUUACCUUUUAAAGUUUAUUGUUAUGGAAUGUCAGACAUAAAAAAAGGUAAUCCAACAAUUAUUGCUGGAUAACCUAUGAACGAUUUCUAAUAAAAUGAUUUAAAUGAACUUUAUAAUAUUACCCUCUUUAACGAUUAAUAAUUUGUAUCAUUAUCUACUUCUGUGAACUAUACUUAGCUCUCUGAAACAUUAAAUUUGAAUUAUACUGGAAAUUAAACUGUUAGUAUACAAACUGACUAAAAUUAAAUUGUAGAAGUAGGUUAUAAUAUUUCUUUAAUGUGCGUAGAUAAAUAAAAACCUCUAGUAACUAAGGUUUUAACACUUUCACCAAGAUUUAUAAUUGUUAAUUAAACUCAAAACACUAUUCAUAUACUGCAAGAAUCAAAACAUUAAUAUUUAGAGAUAAAAUCAAUGGAUAGAUAACCAUUAGUUUGGUAUUCUACACGUUAUCAAUACAUUUCUAUUCAUUAUUAGGAUGAAUUUAUUGAAUGGUAACCUACUAAUCCUAUUGAUCCAAAUAGAAAUGGGUUUUAAUGUUUUACUAUAAGGGCUGCAAAUAAUUUAUCAACAAUAAAACAUUUCAAUUGUUUAACAAAAAUAGACAAUUAAAUAGUUUAUUUAAUGAUUGUAGAAUGUAAGCCAAUAGCUAUACUAAAUUAAAUAUAUGAAUAAUCAUAAAGAAAUUCAAUAAUUUAAUAAUAAUAAUCAAAAAUAUAAAAUGUCAAUUAAGUUGAUCCUCCUUAUGUAAUAGUGAAUAAUUUGGAAUUAGUAACAUUGAUUUGUUAUCAAUCAUGUUGUUCAGAGGAAAAGUACAGUCAUCGAUAUUAAUUUAAAGAAUACAAGUUGUAUAUUAAUAAUAACUAAUAAUGUGCAUUUUCUUGGGAGUAUCCUUGUGAAAAAAGAGACUUAGUGAUACAAUUACAAUUUGAAGGAGAAUUAAGCACUCAUUUUAAAUUAAAUCCAAUAACUAUUAAUCUUGAAGAAGCUGAUGCUAUUUAAGAAUAUGUAUUACCGAGUGGAUUAAAUGAAUAAGAAUAAUAUAAAUUUUAUAUAAUUUCACUUUGGGAAGGUGCUAGUAGAAAAUUAAAGUUUUAAUAAGAAGUAUAAAAUUAAUAAAAUCAACAUGAUACAAAUAUAUUAAAAUUAGAUAUUAAUGUAAAUUAAGUAGGUAUUUCAUUGAUUGAUCAAUUUUAUACAAAAAGAGUGGAAUUAAUAUAUAUUUAUUUUAAAAGACUUGAAUUCAACUUAUUAGAGACAACUCAGAGCAAAAGAUCAGAAUUUAAAGUGAAAUAUAUCAAUAUUGAUAGUAAUUCAUCAAGUAAAACAAUGUUCCCUGUAAUAUUUACUCCAACGAAAUACAAAGAGAUUUUUGAGUUCAACAGAUCUCAUUUAUCUUUAGUACUUGAAUAAUCUACUUAAGUAAAGUCAAUAUCACUAAUAAAAAAUAUUAGAGCUUGUCUUUAACCAACAACAAUAAGAUUGACAUCUGAAAUGUUAGAGCAAUUAUAUUCAGUUUAUAAAUAGAUUACAUAAUCAUUUGAAUCUAAUUUAAGAAUGGAUGACUAAUUAAAGUAGUUUGACUUUGAAUAUGCAAUAAGUUAAGAAGAAUAAGAGAAAUUGUAAUAAACAAAUAGUGUUACACUAUCAAAUAGAGUUUAAAAUAAAUAUGGAGUAGGAUCUUUUGGAAUAUAAAAUAAAACAGAAUGGUAAGAAUUAAAGAUUGAAUUGAAUGAUUAAAAAGCGACAUAUAUAAAUAAGAUUGAAAUAUAUCCUCUGAAAUUUAAUUUAACUUUUUAUAGUAGUGCAAAGUCCAGUUUAUAGUAUAAUAGGUUGAUGUAAAUAUUAAAGACUAUAGGAAUAGUGAUAGGAAAUAUUGAUGAAGCUCCAUUAAUAUUAGGAGGAAUAUUUUUAGAGAAUUCAUUUGAUACAUCUCAAGCAAUUAUGACUAAAUUAGCAACACAUUAUAAAGAUAUGCUUUUUAAUUUGAUUUUAAAAUUGUUAGGUUCAAUUGAAAUAUUUGGUAAUCCUGUAGGUUUAGUAAAACAUUUAGCAAAAGGAGUAUAUGAUCUUUUUGAUAAGCCUAUAGAAGGCUUUAUAAAAGGGCCUAUAGAAGGGGGAAUAGGUAUUGCUAAGGGAGUAGGGAGUUUAAUAUAAAAUACAGUAAGUGGAGUCUCUAAUUCUACUAGUAAGAUUGCUGGAAGUAUUAGUGGUAGUUUGGCAUAUAUUAGUUUAGAUAAAAAGUAUAAACAAGAGAGAGAAUAAAUAAGAGUAGUUAAACCAAAUUAAAUGAUAUCUGGAAUAUAUUUAGGAGGAUAAUUAUUGUAUAUAUCACUUAAUAGAGCUGUUGUAGGAGUAUUUGAUUUACCUGUUAAUCAGGCAAAAAGAAAUGGAAUGAAAGGAUUAACAAUUGGAGUACUUGAAGGUACUGCUGGAUUCUUUAUCAAACCAUUUGCAGGAUUAUUUGAUUUUGUGAGUAAGACAACUGAUGGACUUAAGGCUACUGCAUAAUAUUGGGAUGAUAAAGCAAAUGAAAAGAGAUCUAGAGAUAUUAGGGUUAUAUAUUAGUAAGAAUAAUUAUAUAAAAAUUAUAAUCCUAAAGAUGCUAAAAUUAUGUAAUUCUUAAUUAGUAUAAAUAAUAAAUUAGAGGAUUAUUAUUAUUUUGAUAGCUUUGAGUAUGAAUCAGGAGGCACAGAGUUGGUAUUUGUUUUGAUGUAUUAACAAUUCUUUAACUGUGACAGAAAGAAUAAAAUUUUUAUUUGGUAAAUAGAUCCAAGCAGUGUGUAAGAUAUUUUAAUGAUAAAUGAUGGGGUUUUGUUUUAGUUAAAAGAUUACAACGAAAAGUAUAAAGUAAUAAUUUUGUAAUUAUAUCAUAGUCUUAAUAAGUAUAACUAUAUAUGACACAAUAAAGAUAGAUGGAAUAGGUGAUAUUAAAAUCGCAAUGGCUCUUGAGUAAUAUUUGA